CUGAGCAAGUCAAAUUUAGUGACUGUUGAUAUUAAACCAGAAUUUGAAUCAGAAGUCCAUGAUGUAGUGAUUAAGAAGGAAUUUGAAGAUAUUUAUGCAAGCGAUGUGGAAAUCCAUACUAAGAAUGAUUCAGAAGUUAACGAGAAAACUGACUCCGAAGAUGACAUUCCCCUGAAGAAUAUUAGUUCUAAGAAUAAGGAUGCAGUCUGUAAAAGGAAAGAAAGAAAAAUCAAUGCAAAGGAAAUAAUUCUAAGCCACGAGGAACAACUCCAGGAGAUGAUGGAACGAUCAAAAUCAGAGAACUACACAAACUCACCGUACAAGUGUGAUCUGUGCUACAAAGGGUUCAUUGACCCCGCAGCUUUUGACAAACACAAGGAGAAACAUGAUAAGAUCAGUGGUCCAUACAAGUGUAGUAUCUGCCACCUCCGCUAUCCCAGCACCAAGUCUUUGAGGGCGCACACAGCAGCCACACAUUCCCGGAGGUACCAGUGUGAUGUGUGUGUCUACAGAGCUCAUACGAGAAAUCAAGCCGUGGAACAUGAGAAGUGGCACAAAGGACACACAUACGCCUGUCAGCUGUGCGGACUUAAAUUCAGCAAGCCAAGUACAUACUUGACGCAUAUGAGGAAGCUCCACGCGGGCGAGCAUGUAUGCAGGCAGUGUGGAGACAGCUUUUACAAAAGGCGGGGACUCAUGAUGCAUGUGAGCAAGACGCAUAGAAGGGACCAGAGUACCACAGAACCUCCUCCUAACUGCGUGUGUAAGGACUGUGACAUACAAUUCACUAAUAUAGACGCUUACACCAGGCACCUGUUGAUAACGACCAAACAUACACUAUUUAAUGAGGAUUCCCGAUGUAAGAUAUGUGACCAACAUACAAACAACCAGUUGAUCCACGAGCGGAGUCACGCGCGUCAGUUAAAGAGGAGUGGUGACAAUUACCGGACGGUCAGCGACUUCAAGGUGUCAUGUCAGCAGUGUGAAUCAAGUUUCUCUAGUAGGAGUCAACUCCAAAACCACAUAAAGAGGGUCCACCUGGGAAUUAAAUAUAAUAAGAAUAUUGUGUGUGAGACUUGUGGGAAGAAGUGUACGUCCCGCGCCACUCUCCGCUACCACCAGCGUCGUCACACCGGCGAGCGUCCGUACCCGUGUGAGCGAUGUCCCGCGACCUUCUCCAGCCGGGAGUACCUGCGCGUGCACAGCAGGAGCCACUCGGGAGAGAGGCCGUACGUGUGUAACCUGUGUGGACACGCGUUCAGCCAGAAACCCGCGCUGAACAGACACUAUCGGGUCCACACGGGCGCCAGGCCGUACGCCUGUCAUCUCUGCAGCAAGAGCUUCAGUCAGUCCAACUCACUCAAAGUUCACAUUAACACGGUGCACCUCAAGAUGCCUAAAACUAAAAGGAAGAAACCAACGGACAAUACAACUGAUACCACAUAUAUAUAUUGUUUGAUUUAUCCUUACUAUGUGUGA